AUGAAGGCUGCUGCAACUGGACGGUUUCUUCUGCUGGUGCUCAUGGCUUGCAGCCUGCAUGCUGUCACCUGCAGCAGCAGCAACACCAACCAAACAGAUCGACUAUCACUGCUUGAAUUCAAGAACUCGAUCAGUUUGGAUCCACAACAAGCAUUGGCUUCUUGGAAUGACAGCACUCAUUUCUGCAAUUGGGAAGGUGUCACCUGCAGGACGACGAGCAACCGUGUCACUAAUCUUGACCUUGGAAAUAGAGGUUUAGUCGGCCAAAUAUCUCCUUCGCUAGGAAACCUGACAUUCCUGAAACACCUGUUCCUAGCAACAAAUAGAUUCAGUGGACAAAUCCCAGCAUCCCUUGGCCAGUUGUAUCGCCUCCAAAUCCUCUACUUGAGUAACAACACGUUACAUGGAUUUAUACCAACAUUUGAAAACUGCUCCAAUCUGGAAGAACUUUGGCUCAAUGGGAACAAUCUCAUUGGGGGGUUUCCAGGUCUGCCACUUGGACUUAAACACCUGGCGCUUGGAUCUAAUAAUCUUUCAGGAACCAUCCCUCCUUCUCUUGCCAAUGUCACAACACUUAAGGGGUUAGGCUUCAAUUACAAUCACAAUGAGGGAAACUUACCAGAUGAGUUUGCCAACUUUCCGGAGCUACAGUUUCUGGGCGCUAGUGCCAGCAAUUUGGUAGGUAGUUUUCCACAGGCCAUCCUGAAUCUUUCAACCCUCGUUACCUUUGGUAUUGUAAUGAAUCAUUUAAGUGGCGAGGUGCCACCUGGCCUCGGUAGCUCUCUACCCAACCUCCAAACGCUUGCAAUAGACAACAACUUUUUCCAUGGCCACAUCCCUUCCUCGCUGGCCAAUGCAUCGAAUCUGCGCAUUAUUGAUAUGUCAAACAACAGUUUCACUGGGGUGGUCCCUAGUUCCAUUGGUAAACUUCGCAAUCUCUACCUUCUGAAUCUUGAGUUAAAUAAACUUAAAGCUCGUAACAGUCAAGACUGGGAGUUUGUUUACAGCUUAGGCAACUGUACUAAUCUACAAACAUUGUCAUUAUUUUCCAAUCAGCUAGAAGGCCACGUACCAACUUCAUUAGGGUUUAUCCCAUCGUCCCUUUCAAACUUGUCUCAGUUGUCAUAUCUCGGACUUCAAUCCAACAAACUGGAAGGGCAUUUGCCUGCAAGCAUAGGAAAUCUUCAAAAUUUUCAAGUAUGUAACUUCUCAAAUAACCUUCUUCAUGGUCGUAUUCGCAAAGAGAUGUUUGGAAUUCCAGCAAUCCUUCGUAUUGAUUUAUCUUCAAACCACCUGCACGGGCAACAUCCUAAUGAAAUAGGCAAUGCCAAGGUGCUCGGAUAUUUGAAUAUUUCAUCAAAUAUGCUGUUUGGUGACAUUCCGACCACUAUAGGUAAAUGUGAAAACUUGGUAUAUAUUGGGCUGGGACAGAAUCGUUUGGGAGGAAGCAUCCCCAUUACAAUAGGCAACAUAAGUAGCCUACAAGUUCUUGACUUGUCUCACAAUAAUUCGACUGGGUCAAUACCAAUGUCCCUGAGCAACCUGCGAUACCUUGAACAACUAGAUUUGUCAUUCAACAACACCAGUGGUGAGGUCCCAUUGAAAGGGAUAUUCAGUAACGUGACAGCUGUGAGGAUUGAUGGAAAUCCAGGGCUUUGUGGUGGGCCAUUGGAGCUACACCUACUCGCAUGCCAUGUCAUGCCUGCUAAUUCAAGUAAGCAGAGGCAUUCCAUCGUACAAAAAGUGGUGAUCCCUUUAUCCAGCAUUUUGUUAGUUGCUAUAGUCAUAACUGCAAUGGUGGUCUGGAGAGGAAAACAAAAGAGAAAUAUGUUGUCUUUUCCAUCAUUCUGUAAGUUUCCCAAAGUUUCCUCCCCAAAGUUUCUCAUACCAUUUGAUCUCCCCAGGAAGAUAUUCUUCCGUGUAUAA